AUGAUCCUCUCAAUAACGUUUGUUCUUCUCCUAACAACGACCUCAUCAUCUAACAACAAGGUCCAUGCCACUGAUUGUCUCUGGUCUACUCUUCCCAAAUGUAAAACCGCAAGGCAAAACUAUCGUCCGACACCCAAUGGAUGUGGUCCUCAGAGUCAGAUGGUGGUUUCCAUGAUCUCCAAUGUCGUCGCUCGGGAAUUCAUUCAAUGUUGCAACAUACAUGAUGUUUGUUAUUCCUCUUGUGGUAUCCCGAAAGCCGUUUGUGAUAAUCAAUUUCGUGAAUGUAUGCUCAACAAGUGCCGAUUGGAUAUUGUAUGUCGAAUGAAAGCCUUCUCCAUGUAUACAGCAGUGAGUAGACCAAGCCCAUUAUCAUGCAAGGCCUAUAUUGUGGCACAACAUUCGGGAUGUGAUUGUAAUAUUCAGAAAAAAGCAGAAGAGGAUGCCAAGAAACAAGCAAUGAAAGCAAGUGGUUGGAAAUUGGAAAAGUUAAUUAUUCAUGAAUGA